AUGUCGGCUGAGUUCCUGAACGGCGAGCGCACGUGGAUCAACUGCCGCAACAACAGCCGGGAAGAGAUCUCGAAAUGGAUCCAGGUGCUGAAACAGUCGAACGGGCGGGCCGAGGAGAUGCGCUUACGUAAACACUGGCACACGGACGUGCCGAGUGUGCAGGGUGCCUGGACGCCGUUCACCCAUCGCCAUCCGUCGGCAAACGUGACCGACUUCCCGUGCAAAGAGCUGUCGGAGCUUAAGCUGGAAGAACAGAGCGCGACGGAGAAGCUGCUGGAGCUGUACCUUGCGCAAAGGAAUACAGCAGCCGCGGGCGAGUCUGCGACGAAAUCGGAAGAAGCUGAAUAA